AUGUUAAGUACUGCCUCUCUUUCUCUUUAGCAAUGGGCAACUUUUGCCAGAGCCUGGUACCUUCUCGAUGCGAAGAUGCAGCCACCAGGGAAGAUAGCAGCUGCGACUGUACUCAGACUUGAAGGCAGGCAUAAACCUAUUUAUCAUGCACUAAGUGACUGUGGAGAUCAUGUUGUCAUAAUAAAUACAAGACAUAUUGCCUUCUCUGGAAACAAAUGGGAACAGAAGGUAUAUUCAUCACAUACUGGCUAUCCUGGUGGUUUCAAACAAGUGACAGCAACUCAGCUCCAUUUGAAGGAUCCAACUGCUAUUGUUAAACUGACUAUUUAUAGAAUGCUUCCAAAAAACCUUCAGAGAAGAACUAUGAUGCAGAGGCUGCACCUGUUUCCAGAAGAUGUUAUUCCAGAAGAUAUACAGAAGAAUCUUCUACAAGAGAUUCCUCAGCCACGUGUAGUCCCCAAGAGGUUAGAUGAAUAUACACCAGAAGAAAUUGCUGCAUUUCCGAAGGUUUGGACUCCACCUAAAGAUUUUCGAAGGAAGUAAUAACAAUAAAAGAAGUGCCAUUGGGAAUGUCUCUCCUCCUUGAAAAGAAGUUAUUUUUAACAUGGAAGCAUCUGUGCAUCUCAGUCAACCCUUCUGUACAGAAUGUUUUUGACAGGUGUUGUAUUUGGAAAGAUUAUAAAAAUUAUUGUAUUUGAAACAGUUAAGAAGAGAUACUACUUUGUUAAUACCAACUGUACUCUGUUGUAUGAUCUGAUAUUUAAUUACAUUUAUUUUCAUUCUAUUAUUAAAGAAUUGAUACAUUUGUAAUGAAUAUUUACAUCUCACGGAAACAGUACAUUGUUUGCUGAAAUGAAGUAUCUCGCUCUAAAAGUUGCAAAACUUGAAUUCCAUGAAGUAAGAGCAGUGAAUAUUUCUGGUCACAUUGUUCCCAUGAACAGCUCACUGUCAGUAAUUGAUCUGAUUUGCUCUUUGGCAAAACAGGUGAUGCAUCCUUAGAGUGUAAUGAGUGUGAGAAUGCCAGUCUUAGUUCAGAAAAAGGGAAUUGUUGGUGUAGAACUCAUUCUGUCUUUGGGGAUGU